AUGGACACGGUAGUGAAAAGUAUGCUGGAAGACGACGAUGACGAGAAGCCGGUCUAUUCUAUUGUAAUUGUGCUAUUGUUCCAGGGCCUUGUCAUAUUUGGCAGAGACGUCUCUAAAAUUCCCUGUUUCCGUGAAAGCUUCUUAUAUGGCAUUUCGUCAGGUGUAGGCGUCGGUUUGGCUGCAUUUAUAAAGACAUCAAAACCAAUGUUAUCGCAACAUAUUGGGUUUGGUACAUUUACCAUGUCGACUUUAAUAAUCUGGUCAUAUUGUAGAUGGCAAUGGUCAAAGCAAAGAUUUGAUGCUCAGUUGCUUCAAGACGCUUUGAAAGACAAAAUUAUGUAUGAAGGAACAAAAGUGGAGAAGGAUUUAGAAAAUAAAGGUAUAUUGAAAUCUGCUUGAAAACUGUGAAUGAUUUUUGUAAUAUAUUAUGGUAAUUAAUAUUGUUGUCAUAUACUACUGUUGUUAAAUAGGACAUGUUUUCCAAGUGUAUUGUAUGCAAGGCGUAAAUCAAAAGCAGAUUUGAUUCCGUAAAAAUCAAACUUAUUGUGAAACUCAUUGCAUCUUGCCUGCACAAUACUUUAAAAAUAAAAAUACACUCUUAUGCUAAAUGAAUAAAACCUAACAAUUAAAGUGUUAUUUCGAAAAAAUAUAUACUAAUUUAUCGAGUUCUUAGGUUUUCGCGAUUGUUACACA